AUGGUGUAUUCUGUUUUAGUGUUAUUCACGAAUUCAAAUGACUAUAUAUGUUCUGAUGACGAGAAAUCAUACUUUAUUGAAAACAUAACAAGAAAAACGUAUGAAUAUUGUGGACUAUAUUUGGCACAUAAAAUUAUGGAGAAAUGGUUUCUUUCUUUUGGCCAUAGCAUGCCUACUGUUGGAUUUAUGCAUAGCAAUAAUCAUCGCAGUAAAUAA